AUGAGAAUUUUGUUUCUACAAAAUUUGUUCCUCCCCGUCAGAAUUUUGUUUCUACAAAAUUUGUUCCUCCCCGUCAGAAUGUCAUCUCCUAACGUGAAUCCUGCAAGUGAUUCUCACGCUCCAUCAUUAUCAUCUUCUGCUCCUGCAAAUACUUCUUCUCCAUCAUUAUCAUCUUCUGCUCCUGCAAAUGCUUCUUCUCCUUCUCCAGCUACUCCCUCCAGUGAUAAUACAGAUAAUGCAAGUAGAGAAAAUGUGGAGACUACAAAUCCUAUUCAGGAGAAGAGAAGAAGGAAAAAGACUUCUGAGGUAUGGGAUAAUUUUGUUGAAGUUACUCGUGCUAAUAAUGUUAAAAGAUGGAGAUGCAAUCAUUGCAAGCACAACUUUGCACAAAAUUCAACUGGAACAACAUCUCACUUGAAAACUCAUUUAAAUAAUUGCAUUACAAAAAAGUUACAUGAUCAAAGGCAACGAACACUUUACUUUCAACGAGAUGGUUCUACUACAGAGCGCCCAAUCAUGUUACCACCUGGAGGAAAAUAUAACCAUCUGAAAGUUAGGGAAGCAUUAGCUCAUUGGGUCAUGAUGCAUGAGCAUCCAUUUACUGUAGCAGAGAAGGAGGGUUUUCUAUUUCUAAUGAAAACUGUGAAUCUUGAAUUUAUUAAAAUUGGGCGUAAAACUUUGAAGGAAGAUUGCAUGACAAUUUUUGGAAGUGAAAAAAAUAAGAUGAAGGGACUCCUUAAAAACAUGGACAGGGUUAGUUUAACCACUGAUCUCUGGAAGUCAGAAAAUCAAAAAAUUGAAUACAUGGUAAUUACUGGGCAUUUUGUUGAUAAGGAUUGGAACCUACAAAAAUCAGUUCUUAGUUUUGUGCAUGUGCCUCCUCCUCGGCGUGGUAUUGACAUUGCAGAUGCCAUGCAUAAGUGCUUCAAAGAUUGGGGAAUAGAAAAUAAAGUUUUUACUAUAUCUGUGGACAAUGCAUCCUAUAAUGAUGUUUGUUUAAGAACUUUGAAGACUAGCCUAUCUAGACAUAAGAAAUUGGUUUGUGAUGGAAAAUUAUUUCAAGUGAGAUGUUGUGCACAUAUUCUCAAUCUUCUUGUCCAAGACGGGAUAAGUGUAAUUGCAUUAACUAUUGAGAAUGUGCGGGAAAGCAUCAAGUUCAUCAAUCACAGUGAAGCGAGGCUCAAAACAUUUUCUGCUAUUGUGCAACAUUUGCAGUUAAGAGAAAAGAAGUUGGUUCUUGAUGUGCCAACUCGUUGGAAUUCGACAUACUUGAUGUUGAUCACUGCCCUAAAGUUCAAAGAUGCAUUUCCAUUGUACAAAGAAAGGGAGUCCAAUUAUGAUUGCAUGCCAAAACCUGAGGAAUGGGAUAAAGUGGAGAAAAUUUGCAAGUUAUUAGCCGUCUUUCAUACGGAUUAA